AUGGGACCCGGCGAAGGUCUCACCGAGGCCAUUGCCACGGCCGCCACUCGUGGAAUCGAGAUCUGUGGCGUUUUCGGGUUUUGGCUCCUUAUCACGAUCCUCGUUUCCAUCGUCGCCGCCGCUGCGAGCUGCUUAUUCAUCGAAAAGUUCUGUUGCUGUGUCAACAACCACGCAGCUUUUCUCGGCCUGUCCGAGGUUCACGAAGACCCACAGUCGCCGAAGCGCGUGGAUCAUCAUCAAUUUUACGGCACAGUUGAUGUAAAUAAUGAUCAACAGGAGCAUCACUACAACAUCUCCCAUCACCGCAGCACUCCUCCUCUCCCCGCAAAUUAUACUGCCGGUGUUUUUUUCAGUAACUACCGGAAUUUCUGGAUGGCGCAGCCGGGGGGGCGAGUUUCCGAGUCCCGGUCGAGCCACACGUCGUCCCCAAUCGGGCAGGAAGAAGGUCCUGAUGUGGAGGAGGACGAGUAUGACGAGGAGAGUGACGUCGAUGCGGGAGGAAUUGCAAUUGGUGUGCAAAACAAAGCUCGAAAUAGUGCCAAUUUUUACGACGAAGAAGGGGAGGACGAGGACGACACGCCGGUCGUUGCGGUCGCCGCACACCGUCAUCAGCGCGAGGGCACACAUCAACACGAGUCGCCGUUUCGGGCGACCCAGAGUUUGCCCCUCACCAGUGACGAUCUGCCGCACCAGCAGCGGGGUGGGGGCAGCUACGAGAGCCAUCUCCUCGCGGCCAAGAGCCAGCGAAGAAACACGCCGCGCUCCCUGUACGCCCCGCGGUACUUGGGACAGAACAAUCGCCCGCGAGGUGGUGGAAUAAAUGCGCACUUUUCAUCAUCUGAGCAACAAGGCCGAAAUAAUGAUAAAAAUCACAUGUUGGUUCCGCCGAUCCCGGGGUUUGCCGAGGCGACCAGUCCGCAGAACUUGAAUUUCCUUCGCAGUGAUCUGAAGCCGCCCAGUGUGCCGCGUCGUGGUGCGCCAGCGGGGGCUCGGGAAAUGUUGAUGACCAGUUGUGCACCAGAUAAUUUUAAUUCGUUGGAGGUGGAGACGACGAUGCCUUUGGAGGUUGCCAGCUGCAGUGUGAGUGGCAGCUCGAGUUCGUCCUCGUCAACAUCUCCGGGGGCGGGUGUAGUCGCGCCAAAAAUUCCAUGGGACUGGUGGAACCCAUUCUCUUCGACGGGCGAAGUAGGCGAUGAAAUCCAGCAAAACGAAAAGUCGAACUCCUUUCCGCCAAACAAGCAGCUUCCAUCCGCAUUCUCUAAGUCGCCGGACGACACCGGCGGGAGCGAGAGUUGCAGUCCGGAUCUAGUCGCGGCUGGUGAAAAGCAACUGGCGCGUUCCUUCCCGAACUCGCAAAUUCACCACCACCGGACGUGGGGCCUGACGCCGCCGGAUCAGCAAAGGUAGGAACUAUGUAAGCAAGAGUUGGACAACAUCACUUGAUGUGUAUCUCUAUCUUCCCUAUUUCUUUUAGGCCUACACCUGUUCACUCAGCAUCUUCGGCAGCAUCUCUUCACUUUACUACACCUCUCUCAUCCUCCUGGCCGUCGCCAUUGCCACUGCCUGAGCGUUGAACUUGUUCUUGAUCAGUUACCACGAGCAAAAUACAAGAAUGACUUCACCCAUCAGGUACUUGCGAGCCCCGCCGAAGCUUGAUGCAACGGGACCACCGACGAGGACAGCCUCGUCGUCCUCCUCUACCACGUACCACAUUGGCACUCCGGCGAAGACGCAGGAGUACACUAUCGCGACACCGGACCCAAUUGUCGUGGCGGAACCAGCACAAGAAUUGACGACUUCGAAAAUAGUUGCAGAACGACCAGGUCGACGAGUGGAACUUUCGACGCGCUCCGUGGUUGCUUCCUCGAGCCCGUCGCCCCCAACCACCGGGGUCUUCUGUUACAACGCAGAAUUUUUCCAGAGAGAAGUACUUGGGGAACGAAGGCGACCGCGGGCCGGAAGGAGCUUCAUCCGGCACGUCACAUCUCAAGGAGCCGGAUUAUCGACCGGCACUGGUGGAGGUCCUGGUCGUGUUACUACGAACAAAUCGGAGGAGGUGGAGGUGGAUCAUCGAAGCGAGAUCUUCGCCAACGAAAAGAAGAACAGUUGUACCACUAGCCACGUCGAUAAGAUGAACAGCGAGUCCUCCACUCCGGAAAUAAAGGUGAUCCCGCCGAUCGUCCCCUCUCCGGGUGGCAACUUUAACUACGGCUGGCAGUUCGACGACGCAUUCGGUGUGAACAGGGACUACGAAUCUUUCAGUGCCCAGCUCCCCCGUAAGCAAACAGCUGCUGCAAUGGAAGAGGAUAAAGCGGAAGAUCAGGACGAUGCCGAGGACAACGAAAUCAGCAGGAGCAGCAGCAGCAAAAACGACUCGUUUUCCCGCUUUCCACACGAAGAUGAAGUAGAUAAGAACGUCGUCUAUCCUGCGGUCGAGCAAAUCCCGACGCUGCACUCGCCAUUAGGAUUAGCGGAACCGGUGCGCGGGCGCUUGGCGGGUCAGCGCGGCGGGUCUGGUGAAUUUUAUCUGCCUUCCGAAGAGUCUUCGGAAGUGGUAGAUGGGGGAAAUGUCUACGGGAACCGCAGCCCGGAGGCGACACGGUGGUAAGGGCGGUGAGCGUGAGGAGCUUUUGUCUAUCAACAACUAUUUCUUCAUCUUCUCACGACAACAAUCGUUACUCUGAAAUUGAGAAAAUUUCAAAUUAUCUGUAGGCGAUAUAGAGUUUUGAUAAAUAUGUGAUGAAUCUACUCAAUCUUAAUCGAAUUUGUUUUGAACAGGAAACGGACAAGUUGAUAUUGAGUUUACAACGUCAACAUUGGUUAAUACUCACUUCAGACGAGCUCUUCUUUGUUUUGAAAGAAUUUCUUUGAAAAAGUUCAGCGCCCAACUUUAAUUUUGUAUUGCCAUCUUUGGGUCGUGAUAGAUGAAAUGCCAUGCAAACUCUAACUCACCAGACAUCAAUUCUGACACCGAGAUUGAGAACUUCGACUUUUUCUUCGAGCUUUUAUGAUUUUACACUACGUGAACAAUUGUCAGUCAUUUUUUUUGUUUCCAUCGUCUCCCGGAUUCUGAAUUCUUUGUGUUUCACAGGAGCCUAAAAAUUCCAGAACUGAACAAAUGAAGCAGGUGAAUAAUAUAGCGAAGGUUAAAAUGUAGAAAAAUUCACGUUCUGACUGAAGUAUGUGCCCCAGCACUGCAUUACUUACAACUGGGCAGCACUAUUUGGAAGAGAACUUUUUUAACGAGUGAGAUUCUUUUGUUUAUCGCAAAGUCGUCUCCUCCUAUUUUCCUAAAUUUUCCUUUUCUUUUACCCGAACUUUUUUAUUUUGAAUAGAGGAUGACAACAAGCAACUCUGAUUCGAUCUUGUUAGCAGGUCCGUGGAAAAAGAAAAGACAGUGAUGUUUUCAGAAUUGUCUGCAUUCUACUGACGAGCUUGCUUCCCACGCCCACCACCACCAGUUGCUCGUCUUGCCUUCUUGGAAGUAGAGAGACUACUCCUACUCCAACAGAUCAAUGUCAAAUGAUGCAUCAACUACAUCAUUGCGUUUGCGAUUGCAGCUCAGAGUCGCAGCGAUCGACAAGAGCCUCCUUUGGUUUAUGGUCGCCGGCCCCUAUGAGUUGAAAACGACUGCUGGAAGGUCCC